UUUUAUUUUGAAGCCGGAACUGAUCAAGUAUCUGACUGGAGCGAUACUCGGAGCCGACAUGCACACACGUGGAUAAUGGACGUCAGCAAAACAGGACUCUAACGACAGCUCGACACACAGCCGUCUGCAUCUUGCAGAACCACCGGAGCGGAGAUGAAGGGGAAAGAGAAGCAGCAGCAGCGAGAGCUCGCGGCCUCGAAGAAGAAGAGUAUGGCAGCAAGCAGCAGUGACGACGAAGAUUCUGACGUGGAGAGGAACUUUGCUCUGCUCACUAAAAGAGGAGGAGGAGCUGAGGAGGCGUACCAUGGAGAAGAGGAAGAGGAGGAAUUCAGUGAUGAUGACGAAGAAGAGGAAGACGAGGAGGAGGGAUCGGAUGUUGGUGAGGAAGAGUCUGAUGGUGGUGAAGAGGAGGAUGGAGACAGUGGAGCGUCUGAGGAGGAGAAGGAGGAGGAGGAGGAUGAUGAUGACGAUGAUGAUGAUGAAGACCCAGAUGAUGCUGGUGGCAGCAGUGAGAUCCAGACCAGAGACGACAUUAAAAAAGAACUCUCCAACAUGUCGUUUGAGGACAUCAUGAAGCUGCAGAACAAAGUGGGAACCAAAGUUUACAACGAGGUGGCGUACGGCAGCGACAAGAGUCAAAGGACGGGCAAAAAGAAACGCCUCAACAAGAACAGGCCGAUGGAGAUUUCAGCCAAGAAACCAGCUCCGUUCCUCCGUCAGGUCGUCUCCGUCAGGAAACCGACGCUGAGAGACCCUCGAUUUGACGACCUGUCUGGAGAAUACAAACCUGAGAUUUUUGAGAAGACGUAUAAAUUCAUCAAUGACAUCAGACACAGAGAGAAAGAGAUCGUCCAGAAGCAGCUGAAGAAGACGAAGAAGAACAACCAGAGGAAGGAGAAACUGCAGUUCCUUCUGAAGAGGAUGGAGAACCAGGAGCGAGCCAGGCAGAGCCGAGAGCAGCAGCGAGACAGAGAGCUGCAGUUCAAGAGGCAGCAGAGAGAACGAGCCAAUCAGGGCACCCGACCGUUCUUCCUCAAAAACUCCGAGAAGAAGAAGCUGCUGCUGGCUGAAAAAUACCAGGAGCUGAAGAAGAGCGGCAAACUGGAGAACUUCCUGAGCAAGAAGAGGAAGAGGAACGCCGGGAAGGACCGCAGGAAGCUGCCGCGACAGCUGCAGAACAAGAACGCUCAGUGACACAAAGAAAAAACGCGUGAAGAAGAAGUCGCUCAGCAGCUGGAGGGAGAUAAAAAAAAGACUAAUGACUCGUCUCAGCCUGCUGGAGGAGGAUCCUGGAGAAUGUCUUUGAUGUGUUCAAUGAUGCUCGGAUAUCUGAACAUUCAAAAGCAUCGGAAGUUCAUUGUCGACCUUGAGAAGGGACACUUUUCUUUUUCAGGGACUUUCACCUCGUCUCUUUUUCAUUUCACAUUUUGUCUGUUCCGAUGGUCUCUAUGUCACAUUAGGUGACUGUGGAGUCAUAAAUCUUGCUGUGACUUGACCGACAGACGCGACAGACCACAUGAUGGUCCACACCAAUCAUGACUGGUCAUCUUGCACGACGUGUGUAUGAUGUCAUCAGAUUAUUCUUGUCCUAUUUUCAUUAUUUUCAUUAUGAUUUUAGUCCCUGUGUCUGGUCAUGUGCCAGCUGAACUGUAAUAAAAAGUGUCACGGUGUGCUAACAUGAAA